AUGUCUAGCUUUGUGGGUGUUGUUGUCAAUGAUACAGAGCUGCAAAGCCAAUUCACCCAAGUUGAGCUUCGUACCCUCAAAUCAAAAUUUCUUUCAACGAAGACUCAGAAUGGCCGCGUCACGCUUAGUGAUUUGCCGGGUAUUUUUGCAAAACUGAGGGCUUUCAGUUCAAUGUUCUCAGAAGAUCAGAUUAGGAUCAUCUUGGAGGAGUCAGGUAAAGACAAUGGUGAAGAUCUUGAGUUCGAAACAUUUCUGCAGGCACAUUUGCAUUUGCAAUCCCGUGCAUCAGCAAAAUCUGGUGGUUACAAAAGAGUUUCUUCAUUUCUCAAGGCAACUACUACAACUGUUCACCACUCGAUCAAUGAAAAUGAAAAGGCUUCUUAUGUUGCCCACAUUAACAGCUACCUGGCAGAAGAUUCGUUCUUGAAGAAGUAUCUUCCUAUAGAUCCAGCUACAAAUGCUUUAUUUGAUCUUGCAAAAGGUGGAGUUCUACUAUGUAAGCUCAUCAAUGUAGCGGUUCCUGGGACGAUAGAUGAGCGUGCUAUCAACACAAAAGCAGUCCUUAAUCCAUGGGAGAGAAAUGAAAAUCAUACGCUUUGUCUAAAUUCAGCAAAAGCUAUUGGCUGCACUGUUGUUAACAUUGGCACACAGGAUUUGGCUGAAGGAAGGCCUCAUCUCCUGCUCGGCUUGAUUUCUCAAAUAAUCAAGAUUCAACUGUUAGCUGAUCUUAAUCUGAAGAAAACUCCACAGCUUGUUGAAUUGGUGGAUGACAGCCAGGAGGUGGAGGAGCUCUUGGGUCUACCACCAGAGAAGGUUCUACUAAAAUGGAUGAAUUUCCAUCUGAAGAAAGCUGGAUAUGAAAAACAAGUGACAAACUUCUCUUCAGAUAUUAAGGACGGAGCAGCUUAUGCUUACUUGAUUAAUGCGAUUGCUCCUGAGGUCUCAGGCCCCGCAGCCUUGAGUACAAAAGAUCCAUAUGAAAGAGCAAAAAUGGUUCUUGACCAAGCUGAGAAAUUGGAUUGCAAAAGAUAUCUCACUGCUAAAGACAUUGUUGAUGGCUCACCAAAUCUUAAUCUUGCGUUUGUUGCACAAAUUUUCCAGCACAGGAAUGGAUUGACUGCAGAUAGUAAAAAAAUGUCUUUCGCUGAGAUGAUGACAGAUGAUGCACAAACUUCUCGGGAAGAGAGAUGCUUCCGACUGUGGAUCAACAGCCUUGGAACUGCAACCUAUGUUAAUAAUCUUUUUGAAGAUGUUAGAAAUGGAUGGGUUCUUCUGGAAUUGCUUGACAAAAUUUCUCCUGGAUCAGUCAGCUGGAAAAAAGCAUCAAAGCCUCCAAUAAAAAUGCCAUUCAGAAAGGUUGAGAAUUGUAACCAAGUUAUAGAGAUUGGCAAGGAAUUAAACUUCUCACUUGUGAAUGUAGCUGGCAAUGAUAUUGUGCAAGGAAAUAAGAAGCUCAUACUGGCUUAUUUGUGGCAGUUGAUGAGGUUUAGUAUGCUUCAACUGUUGAGAAACUUGAGAUCACAUUCCGGUGGUAAAGCUGGUAAAGAGAUAACUGAUGCUGAAAUUCUAGACUGGGCAAACAAAAAAGUGAAGAAGGCGGGUAGAACCUCCCAAAUGGAGAGUUUCAAGGAUAAAAACCUCUCAAGUGGAAUUUUUUUCCUCGAGCUUCUUAGUGCUGUGGAGCCGAGGGUGGUCAAUUGGACUCUUGCCACAAAGGGAGAAACUGAGGAAGACAAGAAGCUGAAUGCAACAUAUAUAAUUAGUGUCGCCCGAAAGCUUGGUUGCUCCAUUUUCUUGUUACCUGAGGACAUUAUAGAGGUAAAUCAGAAGAUGAUUCUUAUUUUGACAGCAAGCAUCAUGUACUGGAGUAUGCAGCAAGCAGAAGGAGAAUCAGAGUCGGGCGCUGAAAGUCCAGAGGGUUCCCCUACUAAAGCUUCUGAUGCUGGUGAAAGCGAAGCAGGUUUGGCUAGUGAAGUCUCCAACUUGUCCAUCAAUGACGAUACUAGCACUUCCGAGCAGACAGAAAAUUAA